AUGAAUUGCUGUAACGAAUUGAAUGUUAUUAAUCUCAUAAUUUCUCUGAUAAAAAAAAAUAAGGUUAAUGAUGAUUUAUUAAGUGUAAAAAAUUUAUAUACGUUAAUAAAAACAAAUAAGGUUCCUAUAUCUUUAAAAUUAUAUAAUGAGAAACAAAAUAUAUUUGUAAGCAUAUGUACUAUUCUGUGUAAUAAAUUAAAAGUAUACUUAUAUAAUAUAUUAUCAAAAAGAAGAGAAGAAGAAAAAGAAGAAGAAAAAGAAGAAGACGAGGAAAAAAAAAAAAAAAAAAAUUUUAUAAAAAAGAAUUCAUUUUUAUGUAAUCAAGAUUAUGUUGUCGAUUAUUCUGUCGAUUAUUCUGUCGAUUAUUCUGUCAAUUAUUCUGUCAAUAAUUCUGUCAAUAAUUCUGUCAAUUAUUCUGUCGAUUAUGAUAUAUGUAAUAAUAUACACAAAUCAUUUGUAACUAUAGAAUUCUUUUUAAAAAAUCUUACCUUGUGUUUUAAACAUAUUAAUGAUAAUAAAGAUAAAGAUAUAGAUAAAAAUAAGGAUGUUAUAUUCCUUACAUGUAUUAAUAAUAUAUCCAUAUUAUUAAAUAUAUAUCAAAAUAAUAAUACGAAGAAUGAUAAAAUAUGUAAUGAACAUUUUUUUCUUAUAAUAAUAAAAUAUAUAAAAUAUUUAUUUGUUCAUAUAUAUAAUAACCAAAAUAUAUUCAAUGAUAAAAAUAAUAAAGAAGUUUUCUAUUCUUGUCUAACAUCUAUAAUUAAAAAUUUAUUAGAAAAUACAAUAAAACAAAAUAAAAAAAUAAAAUAUAAAACCUUAAAGUUAUUUUAUUUAAUACAUCAAAAAAUUCAAGAUAUAUAUAUAAUAGAUAUAUUAUUUAAUAGACUCUCCUUAUAUUUAUUUCUUCUAUAUAAAACGUGUGAACAAUUAACAAAUAUAACCAAUUUUAUACUCAAAAUAUUUGUUAUCUCAUCUAAUCAAAUACUUUUAUAUUAUUAUAAUAAAAAUAAAAUAUUAAAUGACAAUAAAGAAAUCGAUGAAAGUACACCUAACCAUUAUGCUAAUAUUAAUGUGUAUUAUAAAAAAUAUAAAUUCUUCUUACAAGAAAAUAAAAAAAAAAUAUACAACUCUUUAUUAACUUUGGAAGGAAAGCAAAAUGUAGAUAAUAAUGAUAAUACAAAGAAUCUAUGUGUAUAUAUAAAUAAACAAAAUAAUAAAAAUUAUGAGAAUCAUAAAAUACAACAUACACAUAUUAUAGAUAAUAACAACAGCUUGAUACAACAAUACAAUCAUGUAAAUAAAUUAAAUUAUAAUCCACAUAAUUUAUCAAAUAUUUAUUUUUUCUCUUAUUAUAUACUAAUUAAUUAUAAUAAAAAUAUAAAAGAUAUAUUUCCAUUAUGUAGAGUUAUUAUAGAGCAUUACCCUUUUUUAAAUAAAAAUCUUGUACUUAUGAGUUUCAUUUUUAUACUAUCAGAAAUGUUUUAUGAUAAUAAUGAACACUGGUUAUAUCACUUGAAUCUCCUAUAUGAAAAUGGGCUCUCCAAUUAUUUAGAAAACUGUGAUAUAAGUGCAGAUGACGUGCAAAAUGUCACACGUAUGUUGAACGAUCAAAUCAAUGACAAUAGUAAUAAUAAUAAUAAUUGUCAUUAUAAUAAUAAUAAUUGUCAUUAUAAUAAUAAUAAUUGUCAUUAUAAUAAUAAUAAUUGUCAUUAUAAUAAUAAUGAUCAUCAUCCUUAUGAUCACACAUAUAAUCAUAUUAAAAACGUAAAAAUAAAAAUACCACAACAUGAGCACCAAAAAUAUAUCAACCAAAAUAAAUUGGCACCUCUUUAUUAUGACUUAUCUUUUAUUUUUAAUCAUUUAAUAAAAAUGAUAAAAGAAGAUGAUCAAAAUAAUAAUUAUAUUAUCAAUAAUAUAGAAAACUAUUCAGUGGAAUCCUUAAAUUAUUACAUUGAAAAUUAUUAUUUCAAAUAUAUGUUUAAUAUUUUUUUAUUUAAAAAGAAAGAAAAUAAAUAUAUUCUCAAAUAUUUAAAAGGUUAUAUCUAUUAUAGAUAUAUAUUCAACGUGAUAAAUCAUAAUUCAUCUCCUGAACAUUUUAAUAUCUUCAAUUAUAUAUUAGAUUUAUAUAUAGUCUCCAAUUUUAAUUGUAUACAAAAUGAAAACCUUCUUCUUUCAUCAUCUACACAAAAAAAUAUUUUAAGUGACAAUAAUAUUAUAUAUUCUCUAGACUUUUUUGUUCAACCAAAUAAUACAAACAGUUAUGAUAAUCUUAAAGAAAAUGUGCAACUGACUAAUGUGUUUAAUCAAGAGAAUGAAAGGAAAUCAGUGCUUAUCAACGAGGUCAGCAUGUUCUCUCUUCUUUUUAUAGAACAAAAUAUAAUAGACAUCUUCCUAGAUGAUGUUAUUUUAUCCGCCUGGGAUGACCUUGAAAGAAAUAAAAAAAUAAACGAUCAUGCGCAUUAUGAAACAGAUACGUCAAAACAUAUGAACAACAAAUCAUCUUAUAAUUUUAUAAAAAAGUGGUGGGACGAUAAUUACUACUCUGCUGAUAAUAAGGACACAAAUAAAAUAAAAAUGAAAGAUGAUAAAAAAGAUGAUGAAAAAAAUGAUAAAAAAGAUGAUAAAAAAGAUGAUAAAAAAGAUAAUAAAAAAGAUGAUAAAAAAGAUGAUAAAAAAGAUGAUAAAAAAGAUGAUAAAAAAGAUGAUGAAAAAAAUGAAGAAAAAGAGAAAUAUAUAUUAAAAUAUAAAUACUUGCAUUUCCUCAAUUAUUAUUUGGACUCCUUAAUUCUUAUUACCUAUAUCUACCUUCAAAUGAAUAUAAGAAAAAUUAAUAAGGAAUCUAUAAAUUUUGGAGUUUAUUCUAAUUCGGACAUUGACAAUAACAAAAAAAGUGAUACUACUACUAAUAGGAGUGAUAGUACUAAUAACAAAAAAAUAAUAAAUUAUUAUAUUACAGCUAUGCAACACGAUAUAAUGAAACAUAUCUUAAAUGAAUAUUAUCCUAUGCUUAAUAAUUAUUUUAGCUUAGCCAUACUAAUCAAAAGAAUUCACGACAAAAGAAAUAUUAAAAAGGUGAUAGAGAAAAUAAUGCUUUUUCUUAGUUCUAAUAAAGUAAAAAAAAAUUAUAAUAAUUUAAAAAAAGAGAAUAUCCAACACAAUAGAAAUCAUGAAUAUAUGAAAUAUUAUACAACACUUAUAAUUAUUUGUUUAAAUAAAGCUUUCUAUAUAUCAUAUUUAUGUAUGUAUCAUGAUCUAAUAGAAAAAAUCUUCAUCAAAAAUUUUGUUUAUUUACUCUUAAAAAUUAAUAAUGCAUGCACUUAUAAUAAAGAACUAGCCAAAUAUACUAUAAUAAAUAUAUAUUAUUAUAUGAAACAAAACAAAACAAAACAAAAAAUUAAAAAUAUAAAAAAUGACACACAAAUAAAUCAAGUUUAUAAUUAUAAUGUUUAUGAUAAUGAACACAUAAAAGAAAAAAAUAAAUAUAAAAAUAAUAAUAUUUUAUCAACAAAUGAAAUUUCUUAUCCUAUUAAUAAUAUACAGCAACUUCAAAUUAAGCACAUAAUUAAUUAUCAUCAUGAUAUUUUGUCUUCAUAUAUUUAUAAAAAAAUUAUUAAUAUAGAUUCAUUUAAGAAUGCCACAAAAAUAUUACAGUUAACACAGUUCCUAGUUCAAUAUGAUUAUUAUACUUAUAUAUACAAAGAUGUAUGUCUUAAUAUUAUUAAAUAUACUAAGCAAAUUCAUUUUUCUUUUCAAAGUAAAGAAAUUAAAAAUAAUCUAUAUUUCUUAAUCCUGCAGUUGUUUAAUUGCAUUCUUUAUUUAUAUUAUAAAUAUAUUAAUCACAACAGGAUAUAUAUAUCUGAACAAAAUCAAUAUUUUGAAUAUAUAAAAGAAUAUGUCUUAAAGGGAUAUAUCCAUAUAAACCUUCAACAUCUCUAUCAAAAAAUAAAAAAGAAUCAAGAACACCUCGAUUCAUCGAGAAAUACAAAUGAUGUUGUAAUUAAAAAGAUUAAUAAUGAUAAUAUAAACAAACAACUUAAUAAUAAUGAUAAUUCUUAUAUUAUUAAUAAUGUUCAAAAAAAUCAUUCAACUUUAUUCCAACCAAAUGAAGAAGAGAAAAAAAAAUUAUAUUUACAAAAUUAUAUUUUAUUUAAAUUAUAUGAAGAUAUAUUUAAUCAAGAUUAUAAAGAUAUUAUAAACAACGAAAAUAAAAAGAAAACAAAUGAAUAUAAAAUUAAAGAUCUUAUAAAUAAUUAUAUAAAUAACCUAAACAAACAUAUAAAUAAAACAAAAAUUGUUAAUCUACUUAUUGAUGAUGAUUUCUAUGAUUUAAAUGAUCAAUCAAAAAAUAUAAAAUACAAUAACAUAAAUAAUGCUAAAAAUUUAGAUGAUAAUAAUUAUUUUAAUCAUUACAAUCAAAACAAUUCUAUGUCUUAUGAAGACAUUCGAUAUACAACAUCUCACAUAUUUCUAUUUGCAAAGGUUUUUCUGUGCAGUGAUAACUUGUAUUUACGAUUCAGUGCUCAUCUUUGCAUCCUCAGAUGCCUCUAUAUUUUUUCCACCAGACUUUAUGAGCUCUACCCUAAGAUUCAUCAGAUAUGGACAUAUAUGAAGAUAAAUUUUUAUAAAAACUCAUAUAUGAAUGAUAUCCUUGUUUUGAAAAUAAUAAAUUAUAUAAUAACAAUAGAUGACAAAUUUUCAGUGGACAGAAUUAUAAAUGAUAUGUUCCCCCAAAUAUUCGAUAGACUAAAAACAUUCGAAACGAAUAAAGAAAUAUGUAAACAGAGUUAUGAAUACAAAUUUUUACAGACCACCUUACUAUUUUUUUUAAACAUUUCAAGACAAGAACAAUAUUUCGAAAAAACUUAUUCUUAUAUAUUUUUUUUCUCCUUAAAAUGUCUCAAUAAAAUAAUGAAUGAAGAAAUAAGAAAGAUAUCUUUAAAUAUAAUAUGUAAUUUAUAUCUUAAUGAUAUCCCUAAGAUAAAGAAAGGAAUUGAUAGUAUUUUAUGCAUCAAGGAAAGGAUAAAAUUCUUACACGAUGAUAAAAAAUAUAUUACAGAUAAUAUAUUUAUCAAAGAAAAUGUAAAUGAUAUAGAAAUAAUAGAUGGAUUAAAUUCUUUAUCAUGUAUAUUAAAUAUAAUAAAUGUAAAGGAUAUUAUUUCUUUAAUAAUUCAUAUAGAUAUUAGUUCUCUUCAUUUUCUUAUCUUUUAUAUGUCUAUAUUAAAUGAGCAAUAUAAAUAUAAAUGUAGAUUCAAUCAACACACUCUCAUAGUGUUUGAUCAUUUUAAGGAUUAA